AUGGCUGCAUCAGCUGCGGAGACGAUCGACUGCAGCGAGAGGAUGGUUCUCCCAGGUUUUGUCAAUGCUCACACUCACUCUGUUGAGCAUUGGGCCCGUGGUCUGAUCCGACCCUUGCCCCUUGAGCUGUGGGUCCAGCAGCUGAUCCGUCAUGAGCCAAGAGGAUGCUGCGGAUGGUUCAAAGAGGAGAGCUGGAGUGCAACGCCUGCAGAAGCCAUCGGCCUGUCUGCCAUGCUCUGUGGAGUAGAGGCCUUGAUGAGCGGAUGCACGGUGGUCCUCGAUCACUUGCUCAUCAGAAACCUGGAGGACCUCGAGCAAGCAGUGCAAGCUUACAAGGCGUUGGGGAUACGCGCCUUCAUCGCUCCCAUGCUGGGGGACGACGCCGACAUGUACUCCAACUACAUCCCAACAGUACCAGAUGCUGCUGAGAGGAACGGUAAGAUGCGGGAGGACGGCUCGUGUUGCAGGGGCAUGCGGGGGGACGGAAGUUUCCGAACCGAGCGGGGGCAGCGAGAUGUCAAGAAGACAGAGGAGGUGAUAAGGCUGUGGGAGGACGCGGCGACGCGUUUUCAUGCUCCAGAUGAAGGCAUUGAGAUAGUGAUUGGGCCCGUCACUGUUUACAAUGCAUCAUCGGAGCUGCUGGCAGCUGCGACUGAGAUCCGGAAGAAGUACAAUCUGAGAGGACACAUUCACUUGCUUGAGACGAGAGCACAGGCGAUGAUGGCGCGACAAUGGUUUCCUUCAGGGAGUGCAGUCAAACAUCUGCGUGACCUUGGCUUCCUCCAACUCCCCGGCACAUCCUGUGCUCAUGGCAUCUGGCUAGAUGACGAGGAAGCUUCGAUCAUGGCGGAGUGCGGAGCUAGCAUAGUUCACAACCCUCUGAGCAAUCUCAGAUUAGGAAGCGGUAUCAUGCCCCUGCAGAAGUACGAGCAUGCUGGCGUUAAUAUCACGCUCGGAUGCGAUGGCUCGUGCUCCUCAGACGGGCAAGACAUGCUCGAGGUGCUUAAACUUGCUACCAUCCUGCAGACGGUCUCGUCGCCGGAGUACAGAGAUUGGCCUCUUCCCUCCAAGACUGCUCUGCAGCUUGCCAGUGCGAACGGAUAUGCUGCCGUGGGCAUGAAAGGCAAAGCAGGAGAGAUAGCUGAGGGGAUGGAGGCCGACCUUACCUUGUGGGACCUGACAUCGCUAGCAUUGCUUCCUCGCACGGACCCCCUCAGUCUCCUCGUGCUCGGCAGUCGGUCUCAGGCUCCAGGAUCGGGCUCGACGCUAUCGGACGCUUGGGUUCGAGGGAGACGAGUUAUGCGAGAUGGUCAACCAGCCGGUGUCUCGCUGCAGAAGCUGAGGUCUUUUCUGCUCGCUGCUCAGCCUCAUUAUCGUCAUCCCAACGUCACCGAGCCCAGCACAAGCGACAUGACGGCAGCGUGCGAGGAAGAGUAUCGAGCUGCUCUGAUGCUCUCCCCGCCGGUAGCAGCAUGGCCUCCUUCUAUGACUGAAUAUCCCCAGGACAGGGUGAUUUACGACUCAUGCAUGACAACGCCGGGGACAAGUUGA